UGAUAAUGAUUUAAUAGAGGAAUUGUAUAAUAACAUAGAGAUGCUUAAUUUCCAAAAUGUAAUGAACCUCGAGGAAUAUAUUAAUUAUUCAGAAGAAAAUAACAUAACCAGAAUACUUAGCGAUCAGGAACUUUUAGACCAAGUCACAUGCCCAGAACCCGAAUCUGAAACAGCCAAAUGCGAUAAGGAAGAUGAUAGCAUCGAAAUUCCCCAAGUUAUUCACAAAGAAGCAUUAGAUGCUAUACAUUUGAUAGAGUUAUACCUUAUACAACAGGACCUUAGUGAUGAGGCUCAG